CACCGACGCGGAGAUGGAAAGCCCGAGGCUGCUCCCGCCUCGAGGGACACGACAGAGCGGCGGUGCUGGCAGCCCCGCGGGCGCCAGCCGGUUCCACGGCGGCCCUGACCCGCGGGCUGGCCAGGUCCCCGCGCGCCGCCUCCUGCUGCUCCGGGGCCCCCAAGAUGGCGGGCCCGGGAGGCGGCACGAGGAGGCCCGAGCGGCCUCACGGGGCCCGGGCCCGAGCCCGUUGGCGCCGAGGUCGGAUCACGCUGGCGGAGGCGGCGGCGGCGGCGGCGACGGCGAUGACUUCUUCCUGGUGUUGCUGGACCCGGCGGGUGGCGAUGUGGAGACCACGGGCGCCGGCCAGGCCGCAGGGCCUGUAUGGAGGGAGGAGGCCGAGUCGGUCCCACAGCUCCAGCAGGGUGAGAAUGGCGCGAAUCCCGCGGGCCGCCAGGCGCUAGGCCCCCGCUGCCUGUCCGCAGUCCCCGCCCCAUCCCCGGCUGAAAACCCGAUCCCCGCCCCAGGCCUGGGACCCGCCGCGGCCUUCACGGGUACCGUCACCAUCCACAACCAAAACCUGCUGUUGCGCUUCGAGAACGGUGUCCUCACCCUGGCCACGCCCCCGCCGCCGGCCUGGGAGCCUGGGGUCGUGCCUGCCCCUCAGCCUGGGGGUCUGAUGGCUCCGCAAGCGGGGGUCCCGCACGCCGCGCAGCCCAGCGACUGCCCCGAGCUGCCGCCCGACCUCCUGCUGGCCGAGCCGGCUGAACCGGCGCCCGCCCCCGCGCCUGAGGAGGAGGCAGAGGGCCGAGCCGCAGCCGAGAGUCCCCGCAGGCCGCUGGGCCCAGGCCCGGGCGUGGUGCUGUACCUGUGUCCCGAGGCGCAGUGCGGACAAACCUUCGCCAAGAAGCACCAGCUGAAAGUGCACCUGCUGACUCACAGCAGCAGCCAGGGCCAGCGGCCCUUCAAGUGCCCCCUGGGCGGCUGUGGCUGGACUUUCACCACCUCCUACAAGCUCAAGAGGCACCUGCAGUCGCACGACAAACUGCGGCCCUUUGGCUGCCCUGCGGAGGGCUGUGGCAAGAGCUUCACCACGGUGUAUAACCUCAAGGCGCACAUGAAGGGCCAUGAGCAGGAGAACUCGUUCAAAUGCGAGGUGUGCGAGGAGAGCUUCCCCACUCAGGCCAAACUCAGCGCCCACCAGCGCAGCCAUUUCGAGCCUGAGAGGCCAUACCAGUGCGCGUUUUCUGGCUGCAAGAAGACGUUUAUCACAGUGAGUGCCCUGUUUUCCCAUAACCGUGCCCAUUUCAGGGAACAGGAACUCUUUUCCUGCUCUUUUCCUGGCUGCAGCAAACAGUACGACAAGGCUUGUCGCCUGAAAAUUCACCUGCGGAGCCACACCGGUGAGAGACCUUUCCUUUGUGACUUUGACGGCUGUGGUCCAUAUAUCACCCAGUACAGUGAAGAUACAGAACAGUUUCAUCAUCACAAGUAUUCACCUCCCCCAGAUCCUUAA